CCGCGCACAGCUGAGCGAGGCUUCGGUAGCGCUGCUAGCUGCGCUGCGAUCCUGCCCCAAACAAGCCCUUUCUGCUCACACCCGCAACCCUAACACGCCGACAGACACACACUACCAGCCAUGGGAGCAACGGAAAACGCACGUCCGUCUUAUGCACCCCUUUAUUUUGGCGUUUUUUGCGUGGAUGUCAAUGCCAUACUGUGGGGUUAGCUCUCUUAGCUCGUCCCUGCUGAGGCCUCUGCGUAUUUGAGUGAGGAGGAGAGGGGAGAACAGGUUUACACCUGACCUGGGAUCAGAAGCCCCCUCAGCCGUCCUUGUCAUCACUGUCAACAUCAGAUGAGCCAUGUCUUCGCCAGGGUGCUGCCAGCUUCCUGGCUCUCUUUGUGAUUAUUCUGGCAACGCUGAAUCUGAUAACUCCAAGGAUUCAGAGGAGUCUGACUCCACUGCACAAGCUCAGUAUGUUGCCAAGGUUACAGCCAAAGAUGGCCGCCCACUCUCCACUGUUGUCAAAGCAGUGAGCUUGCAGGGAGAUGUGGGAAUGUGUCGGAUUUGUCACGAGGGAGCCGGCGGGGAGACUCUGCUCUCACCCUGCGACUGCACUGGCACGCUGGGAAAAGUGCACAAGAGCUGCUUGGAGAAGUGGCUGUCAUCCUCCAACACCAGCUACUGUGAACUUUGUCACACAGAGUUCACUAUUGAACGACGACCACAACCACUCACACAGUGGCUAAAGGACCCCGGCCCUCGCAGUGAGAAGCGCACUUUGCUGUGCGAUAUGGCUUGUUUCCUUCUCAUUACACCCCUGGCAGCCAUCUCGGGGUGGCUGUGCCUGAGGGGAGCCCAGGACCAUCUGCAGCUCAAGAGCAGACUUGAGGCUGUUGGCCUCAUUGCCCUCACUAUUGCCCUCUUUACUAUCUACAUCCUCUGGACGCUGGUGUCAUUUCGGUAUCAUUGUCAGUUGUACUCGGAGUGGAGGAGGACCAAUCAGAAAGUGCGCCUGCUCAUGCCCGACAUGAAAGGGGCGCACACCACCCAACGUUCAGUGCCGACCAAGUCGACCAAGAAAAUGACUGACGAGACCAUCGUAUGAGUGCAGAACGGUGGCAAAAGGGAUAUUUAAAAGAAAGCCCACUCAAGCGCUCUCUAAAAGCAAAGUUAAUCAUUAUAAUGAACUUUUGCACUUCAGAUGGACCAUUUCUGAGGAGAAAGAGUUGUUUUCUCCUCAUCUUUUCUUUAUUGAAGCACUUGAUGAAAUCUACCACACUACUGGUUGACCACAAAUGUGGUUUUGGGAAGAACUCAUUCCUGAGUCAUCAUAGAUGAAAACUGAGUGGUUACCAAACAGCCAGGGCUGACAUGUGCACGAGUGGAAACAUGGAUAUGGACUAACGCAAGUGACUUUUUAUGUCGGUGUCACAAACUUAUAAAAUACUAAGACACAAGAUAAUGUAGCAGGAUAUAACUGAUUCAGCAUGCUACUACAGUAUAAAAUGAAACGUAUUCACUACCUGUAAUUCCCCUGUACCCCUUCACAAUGUAACUAUCUGGUUUUGAACAAUGGGAAAACAAUAACCCUGCAAAGGAUAGAUAUUUAGAAAACAUGACUGACAAGGUGUAGAUGUGAUUCCGACUUUGUUUUUUGUUUGUUUUCUGUUUAACAGUCACUCCUACCAGUGUCCUUGUCUAUAAAUUGAAGUCUUUUAAUUCCCCAGGUAAAGCUUUUAAGUUGCUGUCUGACAAGUGGAAAAAUCAAAUUAUGUUCCCUUUUAGGCACCAGCUGAGGAAAAAAUGUAUUAAUCACAGUUGGCAGGGGUGGGUGUUGGUGAUGAUUGUAAAAUAUGGAUUAACACUAACUCCAGCUGUGAGACUGCGGUGCAGUGUUGUAUAAGAGAAUAGUAUUGAAGGUGGGGAGGGGGUGUGUGUUUCCUGUUUAUGUUCAUUGGAUGAUGACUGUUAUGUUGUCGGCCCUGUUCCAGUUGUGAAUGCACCAUUCAUUUACUCAUCGUCCAAGCAGUGACCAUAAGCCAGAUCUUGCAUCAGAAGAGGUGCAGUUUUAAACGGAGGAGAAACAGUGUUCAGAAAGAUGACAUUACAGACUUUGACCAGUUCAAAAACCACAUGUAUCAGAGGAGUAUGGUUCUUGGGAAAGAAAAAUGUGUUUCAAACUGUCAGUUUAUGUAUGCAACGUAUGCUAAACCAAGUAUUUUGUGUUGUUGUAGUCUUCCUGCUUCAUCUCCUGGAAAGUUGGGUUAUUGUGCAAUAAAACAUGGGGGACUCCUGGA